GGUGAUCCAAUCAAAGACAGGUUCCAGUGGUUUGCUUUUCGUAGGCCCUCCCUUUCCUGUAACACGGUCACGUGACUUUGAUGUUCGCCAGGGAAUUGUCUGAAUUACGACUUGUGUAUUUCUGCUAUCAUGUCUUCGGUGUCCCGAUCGCCAGUUAGAAAGCAUUAUGCCAGCGAACAGCGAAAGAGAAGCAGCAGUUUCGAAAGUCGAAGUAGUUCCAGCGACGCCGGUAGAAAUUCAAGACAUUGCGACAGGCAUCGGGCAUCCCGUUCCGCAUCAAAUAGCGAUGACAGUACUCGGAGAAGAAGGCACCGGGCCACCUCCAAAAGCAAAGAAAGGUCAGGGGUACGGAGAUACCGGGACAGAUCUGAUAGUCGAGAGAUGCCGGAAAGGAGGAGACGUCAGCACAAAUCAAGCAGUGAAGAGAGUGUAGAAAGGAGGCGGAAGAAAAGCCGUGAGAAGUCAAGUUCUGAUUCUGGAGAGAGAAGAAAACAGAAAAAGAAAAAGAGAGAACGGGAGCACAGAAGGCAUUCUCCUCACAAAUCAGUAGAUGCCUCUAGUCAGAAGCCAGAGAACAAACAGAGGAAGAAAAGGUCUAUGUCAAGAAGUUCUGUGUCUUCUUUUAGUUCUCCGUCACCUGCAAGGUCCCAGAGCCCUAAGGAGGCAGCUAAACAAAGUCUCAGUCUAGAAGAACGUCUUUGUCUGAAGGAAGAGAAAAAAAAGAAAAAGGAAAUGAUGAAGGCAAUGGAAACACCAGAGGAAAAGAGAGCCCGGCGUUUGGCUCAAAAGGAGGCAAAAGAAAGAAAGAAACGUGAAAAGAUGGGUUGGGGGGAAGAGUACAUGGGAUACACAAAUACAGACAAUCCGUUUGGAGACAAUAACCUUUUAGGUACAUUCAUCUGGAAUAAGGCAUUGGAGAAGAAAGGAAUUGGCCACCUUACAGAGAAAGAUUUAAAAGAAAGAAAUAAACACAUCCAAGAAGACAAUCGCUUAGAACUGCAAAAAGUGAAACAACUGCGUUUGGAGCGUGAACGUGAAAAGGCUAUGAGAGAGCAAGAACUAGAGAUGCUGCAAAGAGAAAAGGAGGCAGAACACUUUAAAACAUGGGAGGAACAAGAGGACAACUUCCAUCUGCAACAAGCCAAGCUUCGAUCAAAAAUCCGCAUCCGUGAUGGUCGUGCAAAACCUAUAGACCUCUUAGCAAAGUACAUCAGUGCAGAAGACGAUGACCUUGCUGUGGAAAUGCAUGAACCGUAUACGUUUUUGAAUGGGCUUACUGUUUCUGACUUGGAAGAUUUGCUAGAAGAUAUUCAAAUCUAUAUGGAGCUGGAGCAGGGCAAAAAUGUGGAUUUCUGGAGAGAUAUGACUGUCAUAACGGAGGAUGAAAUCUCCAAGCUGCGCAAGUUAGAGUUUUCUGGAAAGGGACCAGGGGAAAGAAGAGAAGGGGUGAAUGCCUCUGUUAGUACAGAUGUACAGACUGUAUUUAAAGGAAAGACGUACAAUCAGCUGCAAGCUAUUUCCCAAGGGAUUGAGAGCAGGAUUAGGACAGGAGGACCCAAUCUUGACAUAGGAUAUUGGGAGAGUCUUUUGCAGCAGCUCCGGGCAUACAUGGCAAGAGCCAGACUUCGUGAGCGGCACCAAGAUGUCUUGCGUCAAAAACUUUUCAAAUUAAAGCAGGAGCAAGGUGUGGAAAGUGAGCCUUUGUUUCCUAUCAUAAAGCCGGAACCUGAAUCACCCAGUAACAGGGAAAGCGAGGUGGAGCCUUUGUCAGGUCAGCCUCCAUCAUCUACUAGUGCAGCACCGGAGGAGUCUGAAAGUGCAAUAGAGGGAGAAGAAAAGAAUGAAGCAGAAGGUGGAGAAUCUGUGCUGAUGGAGGAAGAUCUUAUCCAGCAGAGUCUAAAUGAUUAUGAUGCUGGCAGAUACAGUCCAAAGCUUCUUACAGUGCAGGAACUACCUUUUGAUGCUCAUGUAGUAGAUUUCGAAGAGGACCAACAGAGAACGGUGCUCUGCAGACAGCAACUGCAAGUCACAGGAGAUGCAAGUGAGAGCCCAGAAGACAUUUUCAUACGGAAGGCAAAAGAAGGUAUGGAUGGAGAUGAAGCUCAAUUUAGUGUGGAGAUUCCAGUCACCAGCAAAGCAUACCUUUGGGCUGACAAGUACAGACCCCGAAAACCACGGUUCUUCAACAGAGUUCAUACUGGUUUUGAAUGGAACAAAUACAAUCAGACCCAUUAUGAUUUUGAUAACCCUCCUCCCAAAAUUGUGCAGGGCUAUAAAUUCAAUAUUUUCUAUCCUGACUUGAUUGACAAGAGAUCUACUCCAGAAUAUUUUCUUGAAGCCUGCCAUGACAACAAAGACUUUGCCAUCCUACGCUUCCAUGCUGGGCCUCCAUAUGAAGACAUAGCUUUUAAGAUUGUCAACAGAGAGUGGGAGUAUUCUCACCGUCAUGGUUUUCGUUGCCAGUUUUCAAAUGGUAUCUUCCAGCUGUGGUUCCACUUCAAGCGAUAUCGUUACAGAAGAUAACUGCAGUGUGAACAUGUGCUUGCUAUUAUCUUUUGUUUUCCAUCUUGGAAUAAUGGAAGAACUCCAGAACUGUGAACCAGAUGUCUCUUAGUAAUUUACUUUCUGUGGAACUAGUGGCAUCUGUUUUGUUUCUAACCUUCCCAUCAGUGUGAAUGGAAAAGCAUUUUUCUGGGAAUAUUUUGUACAAAUAAACAUGGAAUUUAAAUACCAAA